GAAACAAUGAACAACCGAUUCAUUCACAAAUUGCCUAUCCCUUUUAUAUUUUUUACGUUUCUUUUUUACAUAGCUGCCUUCCUAGACGACGACGAUCCCCGCCCCUGCUCCCCGUAACGACUUAUCAUUCGUCCCUGUCGUCGGCCUUCCUAAUCUUCCGUUCGUCGGCGUGACGGCGUCGCCGUUCAAUAAACCUCCCGAUUUCAGUAAACCCUCCCAGCCUCCCUUCUACUCAUAUCCAUUUCAAUAAACCCAAUCUCACGAACACUUCAUUAGAGGGAAGUCCCAAUCAAAACAACGAAAUCACCACCUUACUCUCUCCAUUAAAUUACCCUCUCAUUCUUACUCCCCGAAGUAUCCCCAGCUUUCCCACCUACAAAAUCCUAGUUUUUUUUUUUUUACGCGUUAACUUUAUAUUCGAAGCAGAACUGCUGCGUAUCUGGAUCAACUUCUGUUUCGGAGCGAGGGAUUUUGAAGGUUUCGCGUAGGGCAAAAUAAUAAUGGACAGUAGGAGGAUGAUUAAAAGAGAGGACUCCAAACGAAGACACACCCGUGAUGAUAAUUCCCCCUCCAUCUCGGAUGAAUCCGACAGCCAUGAUUCUUCUCCCCGACGACGCUCUUCUGGGAGAAGUAAAGAACGAAGCCGCAGUAGUAAGCACAGCCGGCGUCGGGAUUCUGAAUCCGAUUCCGAUUCCGAUGACCACAGGAGUAAGAAGAAAAAAAAGGGGACAGGGUCUUCGAAGAAGAUUAGUGAAGACGAGAUCGCUGAGUAUCUAACCAAGAAAGCUCAGAAAAAGGCAACGAAAGUAGCAAAGAAGCUGAGAGCUCAGAAUGUUUAUGGUUAUGCCAAUGACUCCAAUCCGUUUGGUGAUUCCAACCUCAAUGAGAAGUUUGUAUGGAGAAAGAAGAUUGAGCGAGAUGUUAUUCAAGGAGCUCCUCUUGACAUGUUCUCUGUUAAAGCUGAAAAGAAGAAACAGAAAGAAAGAAUGGCCGAAAUUGAAAAAGUUAAAAAGAGAAGGGAGGAAAGGGCCAUUGAAAAAGCACAACAUGAAGAGGAAAUGGCCUUGUUAGCUAGAGAGCGUGCUCGAGCUGAAUUCCAAGAUUGGGAAAAGAAAGAAGAAGAGUUUCAUUUUGAUCAAAGCAAAGUUCGAUCUGGAAUACGGUUGCGUGAAGGGCGUAUCAAGCCAAUUGAUAUAUUAUCAAAGCAUGUUAAUCCUUCUGAUGAAUUUGAUGUAGAAUUAGAGGAGCCAUACAUGGUCUUUAAGGGUUUGACAGUUAAGGAAAUGGAAGAGCUUCAUGAGGACAUAAAAAUGCAUCUAGAUUUGGACAGAGGAACACCAACUCAUAUACAAUAUUGGGAGGCACUAUUGGUGGUAUGUGAGUGGGAAUUAGGUGAGGCACGAAAAAAAGAUACAUUGGAUCGAGCUAGAGUCAGAGGUGAACAACCACCUGCCGAGUUACUUGCAGAAGAAAGAGGUUUGCACUCAAGUAUAGAAGCUGAUGUCAAGAAGCUUCUAGAUGGAAAGUCAUUUCUUGCCCUUGAAGCUCUUCAGUCACAAAUCGAGUCACAAAUGCGUUCAGGCACUGCUAAAGUUGUUGAGUAUUGGGAAGCUGUUCUUAAACGCCUUCACAUCUAUAAAGCCAAGGCUUGCUUAAAGGAAAUUCACAAUAAGAUGUUGAGGAAGCAUCUAGAACAUCUUGAGAAACCAUCAUACGGGGACAUGGAAAGAGACAAAACCGUUUCACCCAAAGUGGAGGAAGAAUCUGAUCAUGAUUCCAAGGGUAUUUCCGUCAAUUCACCCCGUGUCUCUCCUGAACCAAUACCACAGGACAAGACAAUGGAAGAGGAGGAGGAAGAAGAAGAAGAAGCUGGCUCUUUCUCACCGGAGCUGUUACAUGGUGAUGAAAAUGAAGAAGCAAUUGAUCCUGAAGAGGACAGGGCCAUUUUGGAAAGGAAACGUGUGGAAGUAGUGGAAGAACAACAGAGGAAAUUUCAAGAAGCAAUGGCUUCAAGGCCACCACCUCCUUCAUCUGAAGAUAAUAAUUUGGAAAUGAGAGCUGUGAAAAUCAUGGGAGCUAUGGAUAAUGGUGAUGAGGUGUUUGGAAACAGUGAUGAAGUUAAUGUUGAUUCACAGGUGUACUGGUGGCAUGACAAAUAUAGGCCAAGAAAACCCAAGUAUUUCAACAGAGUGCACACGGGAUACGAGUGGAAUAAAUACAAUCAAACUCAUUAUGAUCAUGAUAAUCCACCUCCAAAGAUUGUUCAAGGAUACAAAUUUAAUAUAUUUUAUCCGGAUCUUGUGGAUAAAAUUAAAGCGCCAAUUUAUACAAUUGAAAAGGAUGGUGAUAGUGCUGAAACAUGCAUCAUUCGUUUCCAUGCGGGCCCACCCUACGAAGAUAUCGCAUUUCGCAUAGUGAACAAAGAAUGGGAGUAUUCUCACAAGAAGGGAUUCAAAUGCACGUUUGAACGUGGAAUCUUGCAUGUAUAUUUCAACUUUAAACGUUACAGGUAUCGCAGAUGAGUCAAAGUCAAAGUCAACAGCGUUGACUUUGAGUUCAGUCUUUUCUACAUACUGCUUCUUUGACUUGUACUUUGAGCACGGAUGGUUGUACUUUGUACCUUUGAGCAU